AUGGACCAGCCUUUUGUAACCUAUGACAACCCAUUAGUGAAUGAGAAUAGAAAAUGGAGGGAUGUGCAUAGGGAUCAAAGUGAAGAGAGGUCAGAGGAUGAAAGAAGGAAUGGAGAUAGGGGAGAUGAUGGGACUUGGAAUAACACAAGUAGGGGUAACCAUGUGGGGAAUAAUGGGUUUGGCAACGAUCAAAAUAAUAGACAUAAUAGAGGCAACAAUGAAAAUUAUGGAAAUAGCAAUGGUGGAAGUAGGAACAAUAAUAAUGGAAAUAAUAAUGGUGGCAGAAAUAAUGGGAACAAUGGAAAUUAUGGCAACAAUGGAAAUGGAUUUGAAGCAGUAGAACAACAUGUGGUUAAUGUAAAAAAUAUCAUCGAAGAAUUUGAAAUUCUUCAUGAAGAUAUAUUCAUGAAACUGUUUGUCCAAUCUCUGACUGAGGAUGCAGGAGAAUGGAAGGUUGCUGGGAAGGUUACUAAAAGAGAUGAUCCAAAAUUGUACAGCUCCAGGAAUCCCAAGAAAGAUGAUUUUACUCAGAUCAUGGAAAUGCUUAAGGACCUGAAAGAACAAUGCAUGAUUGCCCAGGGUUUGAUAGAAGAAGAGAAUGAAAAUGAGGAUUAUGAACCAACUGUGAAUGCCCUAUCAUCUGAGCCGUAUUGGGGAAGAAAUGAUGACUUGUCUGAAGAAGAAGAAUAUUCUGAUGGCAGGCCAGCGGGUAUCUUUGCCAAAGUCACAAAAUCUGAUGGGACAAAAAAUAACGUAGCCAAGGGCAAAGAUGCUGGUGCCAAAAAGGGGACAAAGCCGGAAAAGAAUAAGCCAAUUGAAAUGUCAAAGCUUGUCAAGCCAAUGGAGAAAAAACAAAUUAAUAAGCCUUCUUCAAACUAUGUGACUUUUAUGUCUCAAGUGUUGUCUCAGAUUCACGGGCAGCGGUUAACAUCAUGCCUGAAGAUGUCAUCAGAGAGAUGGGGAUGCAUGUUGGCGCACCUUAAGCUUGAUCUAUCCUAUGCUACUAUUCCAGUAGAAGGGACAGUGGUGAGAAUAAACAGAGAGCCGAGAUCUCCAUAUCUCAUAGAAGAAGUUGACCCUGAUGAAGCAACUCAUUUUUGCCAUUUUGAUAUGGACAAAUUUCAGGAGGUACAGGGGAAGGAAGUAGAUGAUCAGGCAAAGAAUGAGCAGGAGAAGGAGGAUGAGGGCGAGGAAGGGGAUGAGCAGAGAAAAGAGAAUUUUGAAGAGCCAGAAGCGAAGAAUAACCCUUAUGUCUCAGAUAGCAGGAAUGAUGAUAAACACAACAUGGAGGAGGGAAACCCUAGGUAUGUGGGCUCUGUUCCGGUUAUGGAGAACGUGGAUUCCAUUUUGAAUGCUGCCAGAAAUAGUAAAGAGGAUAUUGUGGAGGAUACUGAUAAGGUAGAGGAUGAAGAAGAAAUUUCAAACUAUCUGGAAAAAGAUAUGCUUAAGGGAGAUUUGAAGAAUCUUGAAGAUAUGGUGAGAAUAAUCAAAGAAAAGGGAGAGGUUGAUAAUGAUCUUAUAAACAACCGGAUUACAAAAACUGAGAAGGCCUUGAAGAAAUUCAUGGAGCAUAGUUUGGCGGUAUUGAAGGUGUCUUUUCAAAACAUGAACGCUUUGGUUACGUGUCAGGAGAAGAACAAGCAGAAUAAAGAUACGAUGAUCAUUGAUGACAAGCUAGACUCUAGUUUUAUUCUACACUCCUCUAGAUGCAGAACCAGGCAAACUACUAGUGAGCUGUAG